UCUCCCUCAACAUAAACGUCAAAUGCAAAUGUCUACAACAAAUUACAACAAUAAUAAACACAAUGAAAUUCAAUAAAAACAUCCCGGAAAAGAAAUAAGUUUCAUAAAAAUGGAAUUGUUUAGAUCGGAUCAAUAUUAUAUAUUUGUGAGAAAUGAAUCAAGUUUAUGGUGGAAUCGAUUAACUGGAGGUUUUUCUGUGAGAUCAGCAUGGGAUCUUUCUGAUAUCGAGGAUAUUGAAUGCUUAGGCGUCACAGAUGGCAUUAUUGGUCAAGUGGAGCAUUCUAAUAUAUUCGAACCAAGUCUGAUGAUAAUAAAAGAAAGUGUGCCAGUUGGACAAAUUUAUUUUCAUCACACCAUCUAUAAAAUUAAAUCAAUAUGUUUCUUGAAUAUGGGUUCAGCAAAUCAGGAUAUAGAACUUUGUCCUUGUACAAAACAUGGUUCCUCAAACUCUGUCUCAAAUGCAACGAGUCUGAUAAACAGGAAAAUGGGUGGGCGUUUAUUUGAAAACUCUGCAUUCUUAAACAAAACUGUGGGCGCAGUAAAAAAUGUAAGCAACACUAUCAAAACUACUACUCAACAAGCUGCAACGCAGGUGAAGCAAAGUGUUAAAAAGCAAAGAGAUCCAAAGUUAGCAGAGCGUUUUGAGAAACGUUUAACAGAUGAACUACAUAAGAUCUUUGAUGAAUCUGAUAGCUUCUACUACUCUCGUACACUGGACUUAACAAACAGCCUGCAAAGACAAUAUGAAAUUGAAAAGAAACUUGAGGCAGAAGAUGGUACAGGAAAGCCAGUUACUGAUAUAACAAGAUGGUGGAAAUAUGUAGAUGACAGAUUCUUUUGGAAUAAACAUAUGCUGAAAGAUAUUAUAGCAUUAGGGAGUCCUGCUUGUGAUCAGUGGAUAUUACCAAUAAUCCAGGGUUAUGCACACCUCUCGAAAAUAGCGGUAGAACCUGCAGAUGUGAAUCCUCUGAAUACAGAAUCCCUUGCUAAUACUAACACUUGUGAUGAGACUUUUACAUUAGGAAUUAUAUCGCGGCGGUCAAGAUACCGAGCUGGAACUAGGUAUAACCGCCGCGGCAUCGAGCCGGGAGGUAAAGUCGCCAACUACGUAGAGACAGAACAGAUCGUUUCUAUAAUAUGCUCCGAUAGCAUCCACAGGGCUUCCUUCGUGCAGGUGCGCGGGUCAGUGCCAAUAUUCUGGAGUCAGCCUGACUUAAAAUUCCGGCCGCCGCCCCGUCUGGAUAGAACCGAGGAAGAGUCUCACGUCGCUUUCAAGAAACAUUUCCAAGAAGAGUUGUGUCUAUACAAACAAGUGUGCAUUAUCAACUUGGUAGAGCAGCAAGGUCGCGAGCGCAUCAUAUGGGAGGCGUACGGCAACCAUGUCCUCAAAUAUAACAGUCCUGAUAUCAUUUACGCCACUUUCGACUUCCAUGAGUAUUGCCGCGGCAUGCACUACGAGAACGUGAGCAUACUGAUCAACGCUAUAGCGGACGUGAUCGGUGAGAUGAGGUUCUGUUGGCGCGACGACCGCGGCCUGAUCUGCGCGCAGAACGGCGUGUUCAGAGUCAACUGUAUCGACUGCCUUGACAGAACUAACGUUGUACAGACAGCUAUAGCUAAGUAUGUGCUAGAACUGCAACUGUGCCGUCUAGGGCUCGGUACUCCAGGCAGCGGUCUACCUCCAGCGUUACGAAACGCUUUCCUCACUAUGUGGGCUGACAACGGGGAUAUUAUAUCACGCCAGUAUGCCGGCACGAAGGCCCUAAAGGGUGACUACACACGCACAGGAGAAAGAAAACUGACAGGAAUGAUGAAGGAUGGUGUGGCGUCGGCGAACAGAUACAUCAUCCGCCAUUUUAAUGACGCCAUUACACAAUGUGCCAUAGACAUUGCUCUCGGGCAGCCAGUCGAUACGGCGACCAUAGACAAAUUCGACAGUGUCUGGUGGCAUUUGAAAACUGCCUCUACGAUGAUUGUAGUGAAUUUGGAUACGAAUGAACCUAUAUUAGAAAUGAUGCCAAGUUACUUUGGACAUACGCUGACUAGUGAACUAGCUUCCGCGCAGGUCGCAUACGGACUGGGGAGGUACUACCUGUCGACGUUCAAGGACGCCCUACGUCAAGUGGCGAUUGACGUUAUGACCGGUGAAUCUCGCUCGAUACCGGAACAACUGAUCGUGCCCGAUUGCACCCGGUGCACUUCUGUCAAGGAUCAAGCUGUACCUGACACCGCUGCGAUGGCGCAACACGUAAAAUCUCUUAUCGACGACUGCAAGAAGCUGUUAGUAGAUACAGAACCGGUUUUAGGUUCUUGGGGACUUAUCGACGCAGAUCCGAGUACUGGGGAUCCGCAAGAGACAGAGAUGGAUAGUGUACUAGUUUUGACAAGCGAGGCGUACUACGUGGCGGACUACGACGAGACCUCGGACCGAUUGCUGUCCGUGCAGCGAGUGCCGCUGCGUGACGUCACCGCCAUAGAACUGGGCACUGUCGACACUAGCGCCGCCACUAUAUUCGGCGUCGGUCGCAAGUCGUCCAGCGAGCCUGUGUUCUGCAUCAGGUUCCACUACACAUACAACGGCGAGGGCGGAUACUUCCACAUGUUCAGGUCGACGUCGCUUCGGUUCUUCAACAACAUGGCUGUCGUUAUCAAUACCAAAGAUGAGAUGAUCGAAUCCUUGCAUUCCAUUUGUGAAUCUAUGAUGGUAGCACGCGAUGUUGCCAAACUUCCACGAAUACCAUUCCAUGAUGGCAUCAAAUUAGAAAGAAAGAAAUCGAAGGUACACCCGACUCAAGGUCAAUCAGGUGGGUUGAGAUCAUCUCUAUAUCUGGACCUGUCGCGACUACCCACACUCACCAGGAACGUGAGCGAAACACAGCUGGUAGCCGAUAUACGUAGCGUUGGCUGUUCCUCUCGUCCAACCCCAUCUGGUCCAGUAUUAGAUCAAAUUAUGAGAAUUAACCCUAAAGCUGGCACCAACACUGAAUGCCGAUACGUCGUCGGAUGGAGUAAGCGCGCCGCGCAUGUUAGAUCAAAAGCCCUCAACAAUAUGACGGAACAAUUCAGUAAACUAAACAGACUGAGCCAUUCGCUGAACGCGCGCGCUAGACCAAGUCUCCAAUUGAAAUUCGAUCAAGGAACAGCUCGCACCAAGAAGAUAUUCACCUUGGGACAAAACAGGAGUGACAAGAAGAAGGGCAGCCUCUCAGACGGUAUGAGUUCAGAUUGCUCGUCGGACGAUGAAAACAGAACUAAUAUAUUUGAACCAACGUUGGACAAUUUUGAGAACAGCCAGCAUUAUAUAGGUAAAUCUGAGACUCUGCAAAAAGAGGAGGUAGAAGUAGAUUGCGACCUAAUAGAGAACCCUCUGUAUUCAUCGAAAAUAGAACCUCACGAGAAACAGGUAUUCGAACCGACCACACUGAUCACCAGUCCGGUGGAGAAACCCCCUGUAGCAUACGAGACCCCGAGCAACGUGAACAAAUUCAAUCCGUUCGAUGCUGAAACAUCGAAGACUCCAGAUAUUAAAGUGGAGACAGAUGGAAGUAAGCCGGCCCCUCCUAACAGCCUGAUGCUUGCUCAGAAGCUGUCACAUAGUUCCAACGAUAUAAACUAUGAUGAUCAAGAGGGUGUCAAUUUCCACGUCCGAUCCAAUUCGCAGCAUGAAAUUACGCUUAAUAUAGCGCAGUCGCACAGCGAGUCAGCGCUUAAGCAGCUGAAGAACAUCGCCAGUCCCGUUUCGAGUGCUACCAGGGAAAUGGUUUUAUCACCGCUGUCGAAACUAGCGAAAGGUGUUCAGACUUUGGGGGCUAAUCUGGAUCCUCGGAAGAUAAAAGGUCCCGCUACAGUGAAACAUGUGACCGAGCAACAGUAUGAAGAGCACAAAAAGUUACAAGAAAAAUGGCGCGGCUGCAACACACGCCUUGUCGCUUUGUAA